CCGCCGGGGGCCAGAUCCAAUUUGUUGGGUGCGCUGACAAUACCACGACUACCACCACAACGACCACCACCACCGUUUGUGUCUGCCACAAUGGCGAGCUUGAGACUUUGGGGUUUUGUGUUGGGCACGAGGCCGAAUACUGCAAGAGUUGUGACGAACAUUAUCGCCUCCGGAGCGGCUGGCCCUCUCGGGGGGAAGAGAGUUGUUAUCCGGUCUGCAGCGGCGUCACGUGCCCGACCCCGAAUAUCACUGACAAAGCGUACUACAUCAGCCGGUUGGGCGAUACCUACUGCCUGGGGCUGCCGGAGGCAGCUGCGCUCGCCGAGGGGACCUAUCCGGAAAGCGGGUGCCUUUCCGGAUGUUGCCAGCAGGGCUGCACCGAGCCAGCCGGUGACUCGAACCUGCGCAGGAGGGUGGACACGACCUCAGUGAAUUGGACGCAGAUGCUUGCCGCCGAUGCCAUGCUGCCGCCCAUGAACGAGGGCGCGGCCCUGGCCUUCGCGGGGGCCGUUUGCAAUGAAACGAAGUAUACGGGAGACCCGCCGCGGUUUUUUUGCCCCGCCGCCGGAAGUGCGGUGGAGUUUGUCGGGUGUGGUGAGAACACGACCACGACGACAACUACGACGACGACCACCGUGUGCGUUUGCCACAACGGCGAGCUGGAGACCUCCGGGUUUUGCGUUGCGCACGAAGCGGAAUACUGCAAAAGCUGCGACGCCAACUAUCGACUGCGGUCCGGCUGGCCUUCCCGUGGCGAGCAAAGCUGCUACCCGACAUGUGCGGGCGUGACCUGCCCCACCCCGAACCAGACAGACCACGCGUACUAUAUCAGCAGACUUCCGGAUACUUACUGCAUCGCCCUUUCGGAAGCCGAAGCGCUAGCAAACGGCAGUUUUCCAACGGCGAGCUGCCUGUUGGGGUGUUGCCAGCAGGGGUGCACGGAACCCGGGGGGGACUCGUAUCUAAGCGACCGGCUCGACGUGGAAGGUGUGGACUGGAAGCAGCUCCUGGCCAGCGAUAGUAUGCUGCCGCCGAUGAACGGCUCGGACGCGCUCGCGGUAGUGGGUGCAGUGUAUCGCACAGAAAAAAGCAGGCAGGUCAUACUCGUAUAUGCAAAAAGAAAAAUGAAAAUCAUGAAUACACGCAUGGUCAUCCGAAACAGAAUGCUAUGGUGCCGCCCAUGGCAGAUCUACAACUUUCUGUGUGUUUAUUGUUGCAUUACAAAUACCAAUACCAAUACCAAUAUACCCUGCCUGCUUUUUUCUGUGGGAUAGAGUGUGCAACACGACCCAGUACACUGGCGAAGCCCCGCGCCUGUUCUGCCCGGACGCGGGGGCCGAGGUAGACUUUGUGGGGUGCGCGGAAGACACGACGACAACGACCACGACCACGACUCCAGGGCUCGCGCCGCGGCAAUUCGUGGAAAUUUUGACCGUGAGCGACACCGUCGACCAAACGGAACUGGUGCAAGACCCGGACCUGCUAAGUUCCAUGGCGGACGGCACGCUAGCAUUCCUGCAGCAGUCGGGGCUUUCCAAUUUGACCAUUUCCGACCUGGAGAAUCCAGUUCUGUCCGUCGUUUCUGCGCAACUCAUCACAACAACAACUCCACCACCGGGUUUGCUGCUGCUGCCCGAGCUCUUCGACGCGCAUAAUAAAGGAGACCGCAGGCAACGUAUCGAAAUGAAAAGUGCCCCGCCCUCCGACAUGCGAAAUGUGCCUGCUGGAGUGGAAAGUUUAUUCCAACUACCGGACCUGCUCUCGCUCUCUCUCUCUCUCUCUCUCUUGCAUGAGAGAGAUUCUGAAUGACUAAGGCACAUUUUGCAGCCUCAGACUCUGUAGUUGAAUCAAAGCAGGACCGCGUGGCUGCCUUUUCGCGACACGGAUUUUUUUUUUGCUGUUAUGCAUCAAGGAUUUCGAUUUGUGUUGCUGGCACAUGCAGAAAAAUGUUCGAAUUUGCACGACACUGCCUGAUUGGUCCUGUUCCGACUUUCCUCCCAUGCUGCUGAUGGACCAGUCUGAUGUGCUUUUCUGCUCCGGUCGUUGCCCAGUCUGUGUACCUUAUUGGGAUGAAGAUCAAGAUUCUUUAUAUCACCAAGGCGUUUCUUGUUCUUCAGGAGGCGUUUCUUUUCAUGUGCAUAAAGUACGCGGUGGGGGUAGUUGCCCCUUCCAGCGCUGUGGAACAAACAACACGGGGGCGCCGAGAGAAUAUGUUUCUCACGUUGAACUUUGCCUUCGCUCUGCGCGGGAGUGUCGACGACUUUGCGCUUCUGGAAACGUUCUGGCCUAGCGAGACAGGGCUGAGCGCCGAUCGUGCGGAGGUUCUGAAAAACGACAUCAAUGUAUGACGGUGCACAACUCCCCCUCCCCCUCAUUUUUUGUGAUGGAAAUAAAUACCGAAUCCACCACUUGCGUUGAAGCACUGUUUGCAUGACAAAUUUCGAAACCUGAAACAGUACUACAGUCCGUAUGUAGGUUCGUCACGCGGAACGCCCAUUUCUGCCGUUGCUUGUGUUGCCGUUCCGGCAUCAGAGGGGCGGGAGUUGGGCAUUGUCAUACAACGCAGCCGUCACUGCGACCGGGGUGCCGGGCGUUGAGGUGGGGCAGAUCGUUCCGGAGUAUUCAGUGCAAAUGUGUCUGGCUCUGGAAACUUGUGAUGCUGAACUGUGGACGAUUGAAACACUUUCGCAUGCAGCCCAGCAUAAGAAAAGAAGUGUGUAGAAAGCUUUCUCAUGCGCAGUCCGCAUUAGAAACUGCGGCUUUGCAUCACAACAGAGGCUGCGACUUCUGUUGGUCUCAUGCAAUACAAAUUUCUGAGGAAUAUAUAACCAGCAUUGCCAGCACCAGUUCCAACUUUGACUUUCCAGACCAAGACAUAUUUGCAUGUGACACGGAGCCGAUCAUCACCACGACCACCACCACGACCACCACCAUAAAUCCGCGAUAUCCAAAGAAAAGUACCCGUACCCAUGCCAGGAAUAAACAAAAAAAGUGUAUUUCUGUUGCGAUAUAUAUAAAUUGUACCUCAUGUUCAUCUAUGUAUAGAAAAUGGGAGAACCGCGAUUAUGGCGGCACUUCCUUGUCAUGCUAAACGCAACUUGCAGGCCCAGGCCGAAAGUGCUUCCUCGCCCACCCACCGGAGAGGGGAUCCUUGACCUGUGGCGCUCGGUGCGGGUGUCCACUACAUGAUGAUGAUGAUGAUGAUGAUAGCUCAUUACGAGGUGGCGAUGUGUACUGACCAAAUACGUUUAUCUUGCGGAACAUGCAAGGCAGAGUGGCGCGUGCUGCGCGAUAAGCUGCAACAAUCAUUUUUCAAAGGAUGGAGAUACUUAAGUACUAUGGGUGUAGUCCUUUUCUGUGUGAAACGCUAGCGCUGGCUCAAACGACGGUGCAGGCGGUCACCGCAGCUGCUGGCGCCGUGUAUGUCGCCGCGGCCGGCUGGGCGCUCCUAAAUUUCAGGUGACUGCGGGGCUCUGA